AUGCUCCCUCGGACACAGCGGAUCACCAAUCACAGAAAGAGCCGAAGUGUCCAAUCACAGCUGAUCACAUCUCGAGAGGAGAGGAGAGCCGGUAAUUGGCUUUCCACAGAGGGGACAUGUGCACUGAUCAUCAGGGCACUGAUGAUCAGUGUGCCCUGAUCAGUGUAGCCCCAGCAGUGCCACCUGUCAGUGCUCAUCAGUGCCUUGUUUCAGUGCUCAUCAGUGCCUCGUGCCAGUGCCCAUCAGUGCCACAUCAAUGCCACCUAUCAUUGCCUACCAGUGCACAUCAAUGCCACCUAUCAGUGCCCAUCUGAGCUGCCUUUCAGUGUCGCCCAUCAGUGCCAAUCAUUGCCGCCUAUCAGUG